AAGCAACGCCUUUCUAGAUUACAGAAAGCACACCUCGUCCUCUGGAUUCUAUUACAAGAAGCCCUAGGCUUUACCCCAAUGCAUUAUCAAGUCAAGAAAUUCACUGCCCAGAUUAUUAAAGCCGGCGGCAAUAAUAAACCACUUAGAAAAGUAUAA